AAUUUUAUUUUGUUUGUACUUGUAUUAUGAUUACGUUUGGUGUCCUGGGUUUGGAUUUUUAAAUAGGGAGGGAAUUGAAUUCAAUUAUUGAGAGGAAAAGGCACAAAUAAAGACUCUUUUCUUUUUUCAUCAACAGAUCCAUCUCUCGAAUCGAAACCCUAAUUUCUUGUUAUUUUUAUUCACAUUGACAAAAAAAGAAGAACGAAGAUGGGAUUAUGGGAAGCAUUUCUCAAUUGGCUGAGAAGUCUCUUUUUCAAGCAAGAGAUGGAAUUGUCUUUGAUAGGACUUCAGAAUGCAGGGAAAACAUCACUCGUAAAUGUUAUUGCAACUGGUGGAUAUAGUGAAGAUAUGAUCCCAACAGUAGGAUUUAAUAUGAGGAAGGUAACAAAAGGAAAUGUCACAAUAAAGUUGUGGGAUCUUGGAGGUCAACCAAGGUUUCGCAGCAUGUGGGAAAGAUACUGCCGCGCAGUUUCAGCUAUUGUAUAUGUUGUGGAUGCUGCAGAUUAUGAUAAUUUAUCUGUCUCAAGAAGCGAACUUCAUGACCUUCUAAGCAAGCCGUCUCUGAAUGGUAUUCCCUUGCUGGUACUUGGAAACAAGAUUGACAAACAGGGAGCUUUGUCCAAACAAGAUUUUACAGAACAAAUGGGGCUCAAAUCAAUUACUGACAGAGAAGUAUGUUGCUUCAUGAUUUCAUGCAAGAACUCUACCAACAUUGAUACAGUUAUCGAUUGGCUUGUAAAGCAUUCGAAAUCAAAGAAUUGAGUGAUGGUUGCUGUACUUUUAGCGGUCAGUGUAUGAAAAUUUUUAAGCGGCUAUAAUUCAGUUUGAUUUUAAGUGGUUUCUUCUGUGUCUAACUGGGUUCUUGAUGUUUGACCAUUAACUUUAUUUUCCCUGAAUGGAGUUAAUAGCUGGAGUAUGUAUUGUUUUCAUGACAUGACACCCUUGUAUUUUUCUUUUUUCGGGUGGCAAACUGGUUUUAUUUUUAUGUACAGAUAUUAAUUUGUGAUUUGCAAUGUAAACAUGCUACAAGUGUUGUGGUUUUGAGUGAAAUAAUGUUUUUUCAUGCAA